UGCAACAUCGCACAUGGCGUCACUUAGAUAUCCCUAGAAUUGUCAACUACAAACGUGCAAAAACAUUUGUUCAAGUUUUAAUUGCAUCUUUUCCCGAAUUCAAUUACGUGUUAAGGUUUAAAAAGCCAACAAGAAAAUGGUGAAGUUGACGGCUGAGGUCAUUCACUUGAGUCACCAGUACACGAAUGCCAUCAAAGAAAGAGAACUAGAUUUAAGAGGUUACAAGAUUCCUGUAAUUGAAAACCUAGGAGCAACUUUAGAUCAGUUUGACACAAUAGAUUUUUCAGAUAAUGACAUAAGGAAACUGGAUGGUUUUCCCUUGCUGAAACGAAUUAAAAGUCUUCUCCUAAACAACAACAGAAUCUUACGCAUUGCUGAUGGAUUAGGUGAAGUCAUUCCAAACCUCGAAACCCUUGUCCUGACAAAUAAUCAUCUGCAAGAGUUGGGCGACCUUGACCCAUUAGCAGAAUUCUCUAAACUCACCUAUUUAAGUCUACUGAGCAAUCCUGUUGCAAAUAAGCAACAUUAUCGUUCAUAUGUGAUAAACAAGUUGCCAAGCCUGAGGGUGUUGGAUUUUCGUAAAGUAAAACUUAAGGAGAGAGAAGCCGCCCGAGACCUAUUCAAAUCAAAGAAAGGAAAAGUAUUGGCGAAAGAAAUCGCCCAGAAAAGCAAGUUUCUUUCAGCUGAAGCGGGAAAUAAGGCACCGAUAGGUGGUGCAUCUGCGGAGGAGGCUCGUGCAAUCAGAGAAGCUGUUGCUAAUGCCUCCACCUUGGAGGAGGUAGAACGUCUAAACCAAAUGUUGAGGGCAGGAGUCGUACCUGGAAAAGCCACCCAAGGUUCCAGCAAAAACGGAAAUGCAAAUGGUGAAGAUAUGGAGGAGGAAGAAGAUGAACCCAUGGAGAAAUGACAAUGCCAUCACGGGUAAAAAUUAAUUUGUAUCAAGCUGUUAAUGUGAAUGUGGGACUACACUUUGAUAAUAAAAAUAUCGCUACCCUAGAGUAAAUAAGGUAGCAGAAAGAUAUUUUUGAAAUUA